AUGAGAGUUUCUCGAGAGGUGGCGGCGGUGGCGGUGUGGAUGGGACUUGCGGGCGUGCUGGCGGGGCUGGUGGCGUGGAGGGUGCAGAAGGGCUUCGACGACAAUCGCAAGGCGGAGCUCGACACCUGGUGCGCCGGUCGCACGCGCUCGCUGCAGCAGCAGUUCAUGCAGACCGCAGAUCACGUGCAGGCACUGGCAGGGCUGGCGUCCGUGUUCGGGGGGGUGCGAGAGAACCCAUGGGGAGUGGGCGAGUGCAUGAGCCCUGAGAUGUUCGUGCAGUACGUGCAUGCCACUAUCACCUCACGGCCCUGGGUGCAUGCUGUGAUCUACCUCCUCCCCCUCAACCACACAGACAGGGCGGCGUACGAGCGGCAGAUGCGGUGCCGCCUGGUGGACAUGCUGGACCGCCCGCGCCCCCCUGCCGACUGGUACAUGGUGUUCCGCUACUGGUACAACGAGGUCCCCCUCGCCACGCUGCUUGCCGCCACGCCCUGCAAGGACGCGCGCACCAACCCCUCGUACGGCCCGCAGCUGGGCGGCAUGGUGGAGAGGGCGGACCGGUGGCUCACCACGCCCUACGUGCUCGAUAAUGGCAACGCUGGCAUCGGCAUGGCAUUCCCGCUGUUCCGAGCGGGCGUGUCCCUGGCGUCGCCAUUGGCAGAGCGGCAGGCUGCGUUCAUCGGAGCCAUGGCGGCGUCGGUGGACUUCAAGCGCCUCGCCAGCGCCAUCAUCCUCGACGUGCUGCAGGACGUGAACUACACGCUCGAGAUCUACGAUGUCACUGACACCUUCGCCUCGCCCCCAUCGGGCCCGCGCCUGCUGUAUGGCAUGGGGGACCUGCCACAGGGCGACCCCCAGCAGGUGUCCAAGGUCAUUCCGCCCUCCACAGACGCCAUGCUGCAGCCGCACAGACACAAGGCCGUGCACCCCAUCAACCUCACCGACUCAUCUCGCUCCUUCCAAGUUUGGUGCCGAUUUGCAGGGUCAGACGAAGCACACAGCUGGGUGGCGAUUGUGCUGGGCAUGGUCAUAGUGGUGGUGGCGGCGCUGCUGGCAGGCAUUGCAGUGAGCGUGGUGCGCAACACGCGCGAGGCGAGGAGGAAGACAGCGGUGGUGGAGGGCUUUAAGGAGAGCACGCAGCGCAAGGAGCGCAACAAGAGCGCCUUCAUCGCCAGCACGGCGCAUGAGCUGCGCACGCCCAUCAUCGGCAUGAAAGGCAUGCUAGAGCAGCUGCGGGAGGGGCACAUGGAGCGCGAGAUGAAGGAGGACGUGUGGACGGCGGUGGAGGAGGCAGAGCGCGUGCUGGCGCUGAUCAACACGGUGCUCGACAUCUCCAAGGCCGAGGCCGGCUGCAUGCAGCUGGAGCGACUGCCCUUUGCCCCACGUGGGUGGCUGCAGGCUGCACUGCAGCAGCACGAAGCAAGAGCUGCUGAGGCUGGGCUGCAGUUGGUAACCACAUGCCAUCUCCAUCCGUUCUCACCCCCUCUCCCUCCCUCUCCCCCUCCUACCCCCUCACUGUCACGUGCCUGGCUGCACCAGCUGCAUCUACCGUCCGUCCGUACUCAUCCCCUCCGCUCCCCCUUUUGUAACUCCCUGCACAGGUUCUGCGCGACAACGCCAUUUACCGUUCUCAUCCCCUCCGCACCCCUCCUAUACCCCCUGCAUGCUUCGCAGGUGGUGGACGACAAUGCCAUCAACCGGCGGGUGGCGGCGAGCACGCUGGCGCGGUACGGGGCGGAGGUGGCGCUGGCAGAGUCGGGCGAGGCAGCGCUGCGCCUGCUGCAGGCGCGCCACUCCUUCCGCCUCGUGCUCAUGGACCUCCUCAUGCCCGGCCUUGAUGGCUUUCAGACCACCGCUCGCCUGCGCGCCCUCGAGGCUGCUGCUCAGAGGGCCUGGGAAGAGCAAGUAGAACAGGGGGUGCAGGCAUGCCAGUGGUGGAGGAUAGUGGGGCGCAGGGCGGAGAAGGGAGCUGGCGGCGGCCGCAGCGCGUUCAUGUGGUGGCCAUGUCAGCAGAUGUGGACAGCACUGUUGCUGCCUGUGCCACAGAGGCUGGCAUGGAUGGUGCUGUGCAAAAGCCACUGA